AUGCCCAAGUUUUAUUGUGACUACCACAAUACAUACCUCACCCAUGACUCUCCAUCUGUGAGAAAGACACCCUGCAGUGUCUUCAAAGAGAAGGUGAAAGACUGCUAUCAGAGAUGGAUGGAAGAGGAUACUCAGAGCCUUACUGACAAAACAAUGGCUGCAUUUCAGCAAGGAAAGAUACCUCCUACUACAUUCUCUGCUUCUCCUCCUGCAGGGGCAAUGAUCCCACCUUCUCCCAGUUUCCCAGGUUCUCCCUGCCCUGGUAUGAUGCCAGCAGCCCAUGUGGGAGGCCCUCCCAUGAUGCUGGCAAUGGGCCUUCCACCUCCUGGAAUGAUGGCAGUGGGACCUGCUCCUGGAAUGAAGCCACCCAUGGGAGGCCACAUGCCAAUGAUGCCUGGUCCUCCAAUGAUGAGACCUCCUGCCCGUCCCAUGAUGGUGCCCACUCGGCCAGGAAUGACACAAUUGGACAGAUAA